GGAGGAGGAUGUGAGAAUGAGUUUGAGAAAUGAAAGAAGCAAGCCUUUCUGGCGACACCCAGUGCGGUGUCCCUGCAGCACAGCAGUGCAGCCUUGGACAAGGACCUGGAGAACCCCGGGGCUGAGCUGAGAGGCCGAAGCUACAGAAGAGCUAGAGAAGGACUGAGCAAAGCCAUGGUAUUUCCACUGAAAUGUCAGAGCACUCAGAUGGGCUUAUGGAAUGUCUUCAAGUUGUGGGUCUGGACAGUGCUCUGUUGUGAUUUCUUCACGCAUCAUGGAACCAACUGCUGGACUUACCAUUAUUCUGAAAACACCAUGAACUGGUUAAACGCUAGAAAGUUCUGCCAAAAUAAUUAUACAGAUUUAGUUGCCAUACAAAACAAGGCGGAAAUUGAGUACCUGAACAAGACGCUUCCCUUCAGUCGUACUUAUUACUGGAUAGGAAUCCGGAAGGUAGGAGGGAUAUGGACUUGGGUGGGAACCAACAAGUCUCUCACUGAAGAAGCGGAGAACUGGGGAGAUGGGGAGCCCAACAACAGGAAGACUAAAGAGGACUGCGUGGAGAUCUACAUCAAGAGGAUCAAAGACGCAGGGAAAUGGAAUGAUGACGCCUGCCACAAAAGAAAGACAGCCCUCUGUUACACAGCUUCUUGUAAGCCCUGGUCAUGCAGCGGCCAUGGAGAAUGUGUGGAGACCAUCAACAAUAACACCUGCAACUGUGAUGCAGGGUACUAUGGGCCCCAGUGUCAGUUCGUGAUUCAGUGUGAGCCUCUAAUAGCACCUGAUUUGGGGACCAUGGACUGUAGUCACCCCCUGGCCAACUUCAGCUUUACCUCCACAUGCACCUUCAGCUGCUCAGAAGGGACUGAGUUAAUUGGAGAGAGUAAAGCUAUUUGUGGAUCAUCUGGAAUCUGGUCCAGCCCUAGUCCAGUGUGUCAAAAAUCUGACAGGAAUUUCACAGGGAUCAAGGAGGGUGACUAUAACCCCCUCUUCAUUCCCGUGGCAGUCAUGGUUACAGCAUUCUUUGGGUUGGCAUUUAUCAUUUGGCUGGCAAGGAGAUUAAAAAAAGGCAAGAAGUCUCAGAGAAGGAUGGAAGAUGCGUAUUAAACACCCUCUGUGAAAGAAAAUUCUUGAGAUACUAAAGUGUCACUGGAUCCUUCAAAUCCCUCCAUGACAAGUUUUGCAUGGCGUCUCCCACAUUGGAGAUGAAGCAUGCUUCUUUCAGUGCGUGUGAAGAGAUUUCCGUCACCGGCAGCUCCUUCUGCUCCCGUUUUGCUCCUCUUCUGCCCCCACCCCCAGCCUGCAGUUAUGGUUUAUAUAGCUCAGUCUUUUGUUCUCUUUCCCAUGGAAAACAAGACCAUGGGGAAAAGGAUUACUGUGGAAUAUAAAGAUGUCAGAUUUUGCUCUC